CCGUAAAGCGUAGUGUUUUGACUCGAGUGGGAGGUCAUUAGAAAGUGAGGAGAGGAGCCCGGUCCGGUCCAGAGGGUGUUGGUGCCGGUGCAUUUCUGACACCGAUGUAAAAUAGAAACAUAGUUGAACUACACCGUGUAGAGUUAUACCCGCUUUUGCGACAUGCUUCGUCUAAUCCUGCGGCUCAGGCCGAGCGCCGGGCUCUGCUCUUCCCGUCCCCGUGUCCUCUCGCUCGGGCCUGCAGUCAGCUCCCGCUCCUCGCACGGAACCGGCAGCGUAAAGCGGCUACACAACGUUGCUGGGUCCCGGUCGGGGCUCGGUUUCAGCAGCAGGGCGGUUUUGCUUCGGUAUCCUCAGCUGCAUGGAGGCUGUCAGAGGUUCUACAGUCUGCCUCCACACCAGAAGGUGGAACUGCCAGCACUGUCACCCACCAUGCAGACCGGAACAAUUGCUCGCUGGGAGAAGAAGGAAGGAGACAAGAUCAGUGAAGGCGACCUCAUAGCAGAGGUGGAGACUGACAAGGCCACUGUAGGUUUCGAGAUGCUGGAGGAGUGUUACCUGGCGAAGAUUCUUGUUCCUGAGGGGACCAGAGAUGUAAACAUUGGGGCUGUCAUCUGCAUUACAGUCGACAGCCCUGACCUCAUUCCUGCCUUUAAAGAUGUAACGCUGGACUCACUCAAAGCAGCUGGUGGCGCUCCUUCUGCGUCAGCUGCCACACCUCCUCCUGCCCCCCCUCCACCUGCUGCCGCCCCCCCUGCUGCCCCAGGCAGCUCCUACCCAACACACUUGAAGAUCACACUUCCAGCUCUGUCUCCCACGAUGACCAUGGGCACGGUGCAGCGCUGGGAGAAGAAGGUGGGCGAGAAGCUGGGUGAAGGAGAUCUGCUGGCUGAGAUUGAGACUGACAAGGCCACUAUUGGCUUUGAAGUGCAGGAGGAAGGCUAUCUGGCCAAGAUCAUGGUCCCAGAGGGCACCCGGGACGUCCCGCUUGGAACGCCGCUCUGCAUCAUUGUGGAGAAGGAGAGCGACAUCGCUGCCUUCAAGGAUUACGUGGAAACGGGCCUGGCAGAGGUUUCUGCUGCCCCUCCACCCCCACCUCCCGCACCCACGCCAGCACCGGUUGCUGCUGCAGCGCCUCCAGCGGCGGCCUCUCCUGCAGCUGCGGCUCCCAGGACGGGCCGUGUGUUCGCCAGUCCUCUGGCCAAAAAACUGGCUGCUGAGAAAGGACUGAAGCUGGACCAGAUCAGUGGUUCCGGUCCUGACGGACGCAUCACCCGGAAGGACGUGGAUAGUUUUGUUCCACCGAAGGCUGCACCUGCGGCGGCGGCCGCUCCCAGUCCUGCUGCAGGUCCAUCUGCUCCAGCAGCAGCUGCUGCUGCUCCAGCCGGAACCUUCACAGACAUCCCCAUCAGCAACAUCCGCAAGGUCAUCGCUCAGAGGCUGAUGCAGUCCAAGCAGACCAUCCCUCACUAUUACCUGUCGAUCGACGUCAACAUGGACCAAGUGCUGGAGCUCAGGAAAGAGUUGAACGCCGAGGUGAAGGCCCAGAACAUCAAGCUGAGCGUCAACGACUUCAUCAUCAAAGCCAGCGCUCUGGCCUGCCUCAAGGUCCCCGAGUGCAACUCCUCUUGGCUGGACACCGUCAUUCGCCAGAACCACGUGGUGGACGUGAGCGUGGCGGUGAGCACGGCCAACGGACUCAUCACGCCCAUCGUGUUCAACGCUCACACCAAAGGGCUCGCCGCCAUCUGCACCGACGUGUCCACCCUCGCCGCCAAAGCCAGGGAGGGCAAACUGCAGCCGCACGAAUUCCAGGGAGGAACAUUCACCAUCUCUAACUUGGGAAUGUUUGGCAUCAAAAACUUCUCAGCGAUCAUCAACCCGCCUCAGUCCUGCAUCCUGGCCGUCGGCGGCUCAGAGAAGCGGCUUCUGCCGGCCGACAACGAGAAAGGUUUCGACGUGGCCAGCAUGAUGUCAGUCACGCUGAGCUGCGACCACAGAGUGGUGGACGGAGCCGUCGGCGCCCAGUGGCUCGCAGAGUUCCGGAAGUUCCUGGAGAAGCCCGUCACCAUGCUGUUGUAAUGAGACUGUUCUGCCGCUAGAGUGCAGCAGCGGGCUGGCGCCUCUCCCUUCCGUGAUUGGCCCGUCCGCCACUAGGUCACUCCCGGUCGCUGGGACUCAAACGGACUGCACUCCGCCUACCUGUCGGUCUCACUGACGCUCCUCCAACUCUCCUGUCGCUCGCUCUCUUCUAUUUAUUGAGGCCCACCACAAUCCUAACAAUGCCAAAGUGGACGAACAACGUUUUACGAAGGGAAGUGUUACAUCCAUCCGUCACACAAGCGUAUUUAUUCCCAGACAUGUUUGAUCUGUGAGUGUGUGUGUGAAUGUUCCAGUCAAACGGUUUGUGAUUUUUCUCCAGCGAGGAAGGAAAAGAAUGUUAAAGGUACAUUUUGUAGCACUUUUACCAGCCCAAGCCGCUGUGUUGGUGACCAUCAAGCCUCUGGACUGUAAACUCUGAUGACUUUUUAAGACUUAUUAAUAUAAAGGUAACUAAAGUGGAAGUCAGUGUCACAAACUGUACCUUUAACAGGCGGUCGGUGUCGUCUUCGCCUCCACAAAAAAAAACUUUUUUUUUUUUUUUUGGGUGAGUAGCCAAUUCUGUUUCCCAGACCGACGUUUAUUUUCCAGUCUCCUCAGACACUUUCCAAGUAUGUAAAAAUGUAUUUCGCAGCUGAGACGCACAACGACGGUGCCACAUGAUAUUUCAUAAUUCAAUAAAGUGGGAGACGUCAAA